AUGAGCGGAGGUUACGUCGCGCCGUCCCUCGGCUCAGCCGACGCGGAAGGCUUCAUGGCGCAGCUGGCGCAGGCUCCCGGCUCGAGCUUGGCCUCCAACGCCUACGGAGGCUCGGCCGCUUCCGGUAACGGCAGCAGCAGCUACGCAGCCACAGCCACAAACAGCAGCUACGCCUCGGCGGGCUUUGGCUCCGCGGCGAGGCCGGCGGAGGCGAUGUCAGGAGCGCUCGCGCUGCUCGUGUACCUUAUACCCGGCCUGUUCACCGGCUCGGAGUACGUGCCGACCUUUGUCGCGGUGGUGAUGCUGUCAGCUCUCGACCUGUGGACCGUCAAGAAUGUGACGGGGCGGCUGCUCGUCGGGCUCCGGUGGUGGAACGAGGUGGACGAGGCGAGCGGGCGCUCGCACUGGAGGUUCGAGUCGUUCGAGGAGCAGCGGUUCGUGCACGCGACCGACUCGACCGUCUUCUGGACCGCCCUCUUCGUCGCGCCCGCGCUGUGGCUGCUGCUCGCGCUCGGCUGCGUGCUGACGCUCAAGCUGCACUGGCUGGUGCUUGUGGUCGUCUGCCUGGGCAUGACGGGUAUCAACGUGUAUGGCUACGUCAAGUGCAAGAAGGACGCGCGCAAGAAGAUCGCCGCGCUGUCCGGCUCGGUCGCGCAGGAGUACGGCGGCCAGAUCCUCGCGCGCGGCAUGCGGCUGUGGCAGGGAGGCGCGCAGCAGGGCGAGCGGCAAAAGGUGCCGGGCUAGCCUCCGCUGGGAGCGAGUAGAGAGCGGCGGUGGCUCCGUCUGGGUCAAGGGAGGGGUGCGCCAGUGUCACGGAGGCCUUCCCUCCCGCUUCGCCCUCCCCCCGCCGCGGCCGGCACACACGCCUAUCUUGCACAAUGCAGGCUAUUUACGGUUAGCCGCCGCGUGUUCCCGGUCACCUGGAGGCGGCGCGCGCUGCUGCCGGGGCCUAGCCUCAGCAGUGACAGUUUUGUCAGAAUAGAGUUAGACAAGGACGUUUC